AUGGGCGGGGUGGACGAUUGGGGAUCGAUUGUGGAUAUGCCCAUGCCUGCUGCCCCGCCGAUGGAUGUCUUUCCGGAAGAGCCUCUUCCUGCGCGUAGUCAGUCGGCCAGAUCAAUAGCGCAAAAGACUGCCCGUGCCCAAGCUACCGACCGUCAGAACGCCCGAUCCUCUCUUGAACAGGAACAGGAAAAGCCAGUCAUCCAGACGCGCUAUGAAUAUCCCGAGCUUGCUCCUGACGGGUUCCCCCAAGAUGGGUUCACCAGGUUUGACUGGCGCGAUCGUGCCAUGAGCCAACAGGAACGCAGUGAGCGUCGAAGCGGACGUUGGCUCUAUCCUUCACGGCCUUUUCGCGUUCAGCAAAAGCUGCCAAAGCUGGCUAAAGAUCACCCGCUCUAUCCAGCUAUGGAACGGUACGAGGACAACUUUGUACCGCUUCUAACAGCAGAGAUGGAAGAGGAGAUGAGAAUGUUUGACGCGCGGUUGAAAGAGUGGACUAUCCAGCGACUGGUCGGAUCGGGCUAUGCGCUCGAGAAUACGCUGGCCACUUUUGCGUGGGAAACAAAGCAAGGCGGGGCGGUCUAUAAAUUCGCAAAGAAGCGAGAGGCCAUCAUGGCUCCUCGAUUCGGUACCGGGACGUACGUCUUGUUAUCACGGACAGACCCCAAUGUGGAUCCUCUGGUCAAUGACCAAAAUCAACCUAUCGUCGCUACGGUACGAUCUGUUGGUAACGGAAACCUCUUUAUCGCAUUCGACAAGCCGAUACCUGACCUUACCAAGGGGCAGUGGCGAUUGGACGUUGGUUAUUCCGAUUUCGUGUUCCAGAGACAAUUCGAUGCCAUCAAAGCCUUGUCUUAUGAUCCCCUGGAACAAGACAUGGCAGAAUUCUUGGACGAGCGCGACGCCACACCCGGAGAAGAGUUGAGCAAAAGGCGAGAAAGGCGAGAGCAGGGCUUUCUGCAGGGCACUGCUCUGCGUGAACCACUGUUCAGAUCCUUCCUCCAGGCUUCACAAGGACCCGAGUUGGCAUCUGAUGGUAUCGUACAAGACCAACACGAACUUGCUCCUACCGACCUACCCACGAACCCCAACCCACAGCUCACCGACCUCGCCCCUGGAAUCGUCAAACCAAGUCAGCUCAUGCGAAAUGACUUGCUGAAGAGCUGGGCGGAGAGGCACCGGUCAGAGAAGGAGGUGCCGCAGGAGGUUGAAGGGGAUCCACAUGUCCCCCUCAAUCGAACACAGUUGAGGGCGAUAGGGAUGAUGUUGAGUCAGAGCUUGAGUCUUGUUCAAGGACCCCCUGGAACCGGCAAGACUCGAGUGAUCGUAGAGACCAUCAAGCUACUCAAGCAACACUUUCAAGUACCCCACCCCAUCCUCGUCUGCGCCCACACCAACGUCGCUGUCGACAAUCUCCUCACUGGUCUCGACAAAGCUGGUCUGCGAGUAGUUCGCGUCGGGACGGAGGAUAGAGUACCAGGGGAUAUGAAGCAUACCACGCUCGAGGCGAGGCUGGAGGAACACCCGAUGUGGGAUGUCUUGAAUCGGCUGGAGGAUCAGAAGAUGGCAGUGUGGGCGGAGAGAAAGUCGGCAGCCGAUGCUCAGAGGUUAAGGGGAGAGCCUGUCAAGGAGGGAAUGGGUAGAGACACUCUCAAAGCUCUGAACCAGAAAAUAUGGGGGUACAGAAGAGACAUGACCAACGAAACCCUCUUGGAUGCGGAUGUGAUCUGCACCACCUGUCUCUCGGCCGCCACCAGAAAGCUUCAAUGCAUCGACUUUCCUAUCGUCUUUUUGGACGAGGCUAGUAUGGCCACAGAGCCGCUUUCUCUGAUCCCACUGAUGAAAGGGUCAAGCCAUGUGUCUAUCAUCGGUGACCACAAGCAAUUACCACCAGUCAUCAACUCGGAAGACGCUCACUCUGGUGGCCUGUCUACCAGUCUUUUCGAGCGACUGAUCCACGAAGGCCAUGUACCAUCAAUCAUGCUCGAUACCCAGUAUCGGAUGCACCCAGCCCUCUCCGCAUUCCCCUCCAAAACGUUCUACUCUUCUCUUCUCCAAGACGGCACCCCGGCAGCUGCCCGCCCUGCUCCCAAGACUGCCUUCCUACUCGCUGACGACCCUGUGGCCGAUCCAUCCACAGGUGAGAUGAGGGAGGUGGGUGAACGGAAGAGCAUGACGUUUUUGAGUCAUGAACACCAGGAGAGCGCUGUCAUGAAGAGCUUGGCAAAUUAUGGGGACGCGGAAUUGGUGGUGGAUAUUGUUGCAGACUUGUUGCACAAGAAUCCGGAAAUGAAAGUGUCGGAUAUCGGUAUCAUCACCCCAUACCUUGGACAGAUCAAAGUCUUGCAGUCAUCCCUUUACGCUUCGGAGACGCGAGAAAAGUUGAUCGAGCUUCUUGGUGAAGCUCGUACCGACGAGCUGGGAGACAUCGAAAUCAAGACUGUUGAUGGCUUUGAAGGGCGGGAGAAGGAGGUUAUCAUAUUCAGUACAGUGAGGUGCAACUCUGGGGGGUAUAUCGGGUUCUUGGGAGACUGGAGGCGGGUGAAUGUGGGACUGACCAGGGCCAGAAGAGCAUUGAUCAUGCUGGGUAACAAACGGACAUUGUCAACUGCUAAGAUGGGCGCCCGAAGCAACGACAGUCUGCCGCAAGGUGGUUCCAAAGUGUGGAAGGACUUUAUGGCGUAUCUGGAGGAAGAGGGGAUGAUUAUCGAUGUAGAGGAAUAG